GUCACCGCCUUCCCAACAGCUGACAGUCCAAAAAGAAAUAAAUUUUGAUCACACUUUGUUGAUUAACUUCUUCGAGGUUCAAACUGUGCAAUGAUCGAACUGGGUGUCGAGGAGGAGAGGACAAAGCUGAAGCGGGAGAUCGCUGAACUGCGGGCGGCGCUCUACAGCAAGGAGCAGAGUCUGCUUUACCUGGAUGAGAUAGUGUCCGCUGCAGCUGCCCGAGGCGUAGAUGAGGACGCUCCAGAGUCGCCAACCAGGACCCUGCACACCAAGUUGACCAACGAUGACAUUGCCCGAUACAGCCGGCAGCUGAUCCUGCCCGAUUUCGGGGUCCAGGGACAAUUGAAGCUGAAGAACAGCUCCGUGCUAAUUGUGGGCAUGGGCGGAUUGGGCUGUCCGGCAGCCCAAUAUUUGGCGGCGGCAGGAUGCGGCCACUUGGGGCUCGUGGACUACGACCAUGUGGAACGGAGCAACUUCCACCGGCAGAUCUUGCACUCGGAGACGCGGGUCGGCUGGACCAAGCCCGAUUCGGCAAGGUUCGCUCUGCUAGAGCUGAAUCCGCACUGUGAGAUCCGCAGUCAUGUCAGGCUACUGAACAGAUUCAAUGCCCUCAACAUCAUCCGCUCCUACGACGUGGUCCUGGACUGCAGUGACAAUGUGGCCACUCGUUAUCUGCUUAGCGACGCCUGCGUAAUGCUACAGAAGCCCCUCGUCUCCGGCAGUGCCCUCAAGAUGGACGGACAACUGACCGUCUACAACUAUGCGAAUGGUCCCUGCUACCGGUGUCUUUAUCCAGUGCCGCCGCCCAAGGAAUCGGUCACCAAUUGUGGCGACGGCGGAGUCUUGGGCGCUGUAACUGGAACCAUAGGAGCCAUGCAGGCACUGGAGGCUAUCAAGGUGAUUGUGGGCCUGGGCGAUGUCCUUGCCGGUCGACUGCUGAUCUUCGAUGGCAGCACAAGCCUGUUCCGCAACAUUCGCAUCCGCAACAAGCGGCCCAACUGUCACGUCUGCUCCGCACAACCACUAAUCACGCAGCUGAUCGACUACGAAAUGUUCUGCGGAAUGCGAGCGAACGACAAGGACGCUGAGCAAAAUUUGCUCUCCGUAGGGGACCGCUUGAAAGUCAAGGAGUACCAGGAGCAACUGCAGACACAGCAACAUCUGUUGAUCGAUGUUCGACCGCCGGCUGAAUUCGAGAUCUGUCAGCUGCCCGGAGCUGUAAACGUGCCUCUGGCCGAAAUCCUUGACGAUAGCUACAUAAAGCGCUUUGGCAGCCAGCUAGAGGACAAGGAUCUGCCCAUUAUCUUGCUGUGCAGGCGGGGCAACGACUCUCAGAUUGCUGUUCAGCAUGUGCGCAGUCGAUUCCCCAAGCAUUCCAUACGGGACUUGAUUGGUGGACUGCAUGCCUGGACGAACACAGUGGACCCUAGUUUUCCCAUAUAUUAAACCAAUAAAAAAAAGUUGAAAGUA